AUGGCUGAUUUGCUAGAACAAGUGAAGAGACUUGGAGUAGAGUUGAAGGAAUUCGACAAUUUGUUGAGGAGGCUCCUACUUCCACGCCCACAAUCACGCCUCUUCGGAGAGAUUCUUGGUUCGCACAAUCAGUUUGCGUCAAACUUCCAGGCAUUCGAACAAGACAUUCACGCAUAUUUCCACCACGAUCUACCUAGCAUCCGCCCUCAAAAUUUCCCUCCACAAUACUUGUCACAGAGGCCAGCUCAACCGGCAGACGAAAACCGACAGCUUGACCUUGACUCUGCGGCUCCUUCAGAAGCUGUUCAAAGUUGUGGUGACCUUAUCCUCGAAACCCCUACCGACAGCGCCGCCACUCCGCCGAUUGCUGAAGUGCCUCUGAAUAGGCCUGCUAUUGACGAGGACCGGGUAGGGUCUGCUUCUGCCCUGAUUGAGGCUCGUGCUUCGAACGCGGCUCUUCCCGCCAACGUCGUACCGCUCGAUGAUGCGGUGCGUGUGUCAGUCUCGCAACAGCAACAACAUGCUCCUGCCUCACGCCCGUCACAGCCUGACAAGGCCGCACAAGACCAUCAGGAAAAUCCUCGAAAUCCGGUUGUCACGAUACCUUACCGAAAGGAGGGCGGCAUUAUCGUUUUGCUGCCGUCAAAUAUGGCCCAAUGCCACGAUAUGCCGUUUCUCCUCUCUCAGGCGGAGGCGCUAGGUACGCGCGAAACUGGCGUCUUCAAAUACGUGUUGCCUGGCGAUUUCGAAUCCGCCGCAUUGACCAACCACACGGUCAAGACUCGUGUAUCUCGAUUCUCGUCGCGUCUCACUCCAAAAGGAAUACUUCACAUCUCACGCACCGAAUCGACGGACUUGGAGACGCUCGAGCUGAGUGACAACAGUUGCACACCUAGAAAGCCAGACGAACUCGCCGAGAUCUUGGAGGGUCUGGUUGCCGACCCCAACGCUCUGAAGAAAAUGCGAUAUGCGACCGACAUCCCAGCCCGAACUACUCGACAACGGCAACAGUUAGGUUUACCUGCAAAGUCAGCUAUUUACCCCUUGAAGGGCAACCAAUUAGAUCGAACAAGGUAUACUGUCCCAGGAAUCCAUUGGCCCUACGCAUACCUCUCGGGCUGCCACGGGGCACUGUUUGCAAUACACAGUGACGAUGGAAAUCUAAUAUCGGUGAACAUGCACCUCAGCGGGGCUGAAAGGCUGUGGUACGUGGUAGCUCCAAAAGAUGGCCAUAUCAUCGAAAAGGAAGCGAAGAAGUGGACAUGUGCACAGCGAGUACGACACGCAUCUCGUUGGAUUCCUAGAGCAAAGCUCCAACGUAUGGGUGCCCGUUUUGUUAACUUCAUCCAACGACCGGGUGAGGGCGUCGUGACAUGGGAUGGUGCUUAUCACCAAGGCGGCACCGAUGGCUCCGGCACAGCUGAAGCGGUCAAUUAUGGCUACAACGACUGGAAUAUGGACGGCUAUCAUGCAUGCGAAACAACCUGCCCUGGCUUUCCUGUUACCAAGGCACACUUGGAGUUCAGAGCUCCGGGUGAGCCACAGAUCGAAGAGGAUAUGGACGAUACCAACGAUACCAAUGAUCCCGGCGAUACCAGCGAUCCCGAAGACACUGAUAGCACCGACCUCCAAGAGGCAGACGAUGCUGACGAUCCUGAAGAAGCUGACGGCACGGAAGAGAGUGGCAUUAUGAAUACCGAUUCGCGACAUGCUAAAAGCUCAGUGAGAUCUGGAGGACAUCAAUUUAUGCGCAGUUCGUUGGUGCCUUGGAUCGGUGAAGGUAUGACCGUCAACCUCACAACGGACAGAAAUCUGGAAGGCGCAUGUAAAGGUCUCGCGCUUACGGCAGACCCAAAGUCCGCCUCAUCUAAGAAACGACAGAGAGGGCAAGAUCUAGAGCCCAGCCAUGGAAGAAAGAGGAUUGCGAUUUGGGCACCGAGUCCGAAAGAGCUAGAACGAACACUCUACGAUCUACGCCAAGUCGAUAAGAUAUAUCAAUCCCCUUGCUUGGAGCCUGGAGUAACGAAUAUUGUUCUCAAGCUCGCCGCAGCCGUCAUGAGCCGUACCGCGCGGGCUCAGUUCUGCAGUCUCGUAAGCAGCAGAAGAAAUCGAAACGCUAUUGCAUUUGAGGUCGGUCAGGAUCUGUCUUCACGCUUGGCGCAAUAUAUCCAGUCCAUCAAGAACUCGACAGAGAAAUCCAUACUCGAGAAAUUCUCUGUGAGGACUUACCAGGCUCUCCUUGCUGAAGAGCUGGUACCUAAAUGCGGAAGGCAGAGGGUGGACCCGGCAGCGAUCACUACCGCCCUAAAACAAACAGGCUGGAAGAUAACCACGUUUCGUUAUCAUCUUCAACAGGGAAGGAAGUGGAUGGGACUCUGCGGCGAUGACUACAGCGGCCUCUUAGGCUUUAUUUUCCUAGGGCAAAACCCGUUCAAGCUGACAGCGAGCCAUUAUCUUGACCUUGAGGGUGCCAGCCUCCAAAUGUUUCAUCGUCUUCUCAAGAACGACUAUAUCACCAAGAUGUGCGAGGCUGGGAGGGUUUUCCAAGAGACGCUCCAGAGACAGGUAGCGGAUAGGGAGUUCACUUGGGAAGCGAAAGGGAUUGCGUUUGAAAAGAUUUCUGAGGAGGAUCUGUUGCCGUUUCCGACAAUUGACAGCAAUGUAUAUCACCCCGGAGAGUACCCCAAGUGGUCUAGGCCCGAGGAAUGGUCUGAGGACUGGGUGUGGCCCUGUGACCCAACAUGGAUACCUCCUGAGGAGAUCCAAUGCGACAUGUGCCGUACGACUACGGAAUGUGGCUGCAUCAGCCUUCCUCCAAGACCUAUGCCUCGAAUUAAGCUUUACGACGGCAAAGGGCGAGGGCUCCAGGCAGUGGGAUCCUAUCGGCGAGGUGAGUACAUUGGCGAGCUUACUGGGGAGCUAGUCCCUCCCGGAACAUUUACCGAGUGGUGUUUCGAGCUUAAGAGACCAGACACGGAUAGCUUUGUGUGUCAGCUUUACUGUGGAAAGCAAGGGAAUUUUUUGAGGCUUCUUAACCAUGGGUGCCUGAGCAGUAGCCCUGCUGCCGAGUUCGUGGUCAUGAAAGUCUCGGGGAGGUAUAGGGUGAUGGUCAAAGCGGCCAGAGACAUUCAACACGGCGAGGAGAUAACGGCCUUCUGUGGCAAGGGUUUCAUGAAGAAGGGGGAAUGCCUUUGCGAGGCAUGUCGCCCUAACUGUCAAAGUUUCUAG